GGUGCAAGAUGGUGGCUGAAGUUGUAAAUUGUUCGCUGGUGGCAGACAGGUUGAUCGAAAUCCGGUAAAAGUUGGGUUCGUUAUCCUGAAACACGGGGUUUCCUGCCGUUGUGCAUUAUGUUCAAGAACGAGUAUCAGGGAGGAGCCUUUGUAGAAAUCUUCAGCUCACAAGGCAAAGAUCCUGUGGCAAGAUGGAAGCUUUGUGGAAGUCCUGCAGUCCAGAAAGUUUUUGACAAAGAAGUGAAGAGCUACGUUUAUAUACUGGAAGGAAGCUGUCAGAGAAACAAAAUGCAAUUACCCAAGGAUAACAAGCACUCACUUGGCCUGAUCCAGCGAUUCCUUGUAUUGCAGCUCUGUGUGCCUGUGGGACAAGACUUCUCUACGGAAUUGCUGAUUACUGAUUUGGGAAAUAUCAAACGGCGACUAUAUUUAUCAACUAUCCAUAAGGAAUUUUCUGCAACUCCACUACAUGCAAAAAUACCACUCAGUAUCAUCAAACGAAAAAUUUGGAGCAACAUUUGCAUUGAUAUGGUGUCAUUUACUAAUGCAGCAUUCAAAGGAGCAGGUUUUCAGUCUCUAGAUCGGAUUGUUGUCUCAGCCAAUUGUAAAUUAAGGAAGAUCUUCACAAUGAAGCUCCAGCCACAGGAUACUACUUUUGAGGAUGAUAUGUACUCUUUACAGUGUUUCUCUGAAGGACCCACAGACAUGAUUCCAAAAUGCUGUCAGCUGGGCAUUGAUGUUGAUCAAGUUACACAGCUUCUGAAUGUGGUAAAACUCAGACAAGGAGAACUAAGAAUUGGAAGCCAACAAUGCAUUUCAUCAGACUUAAACCAGCAUUCCAGUCGUGGAGCAGUCAGCGCACGUAGUAUUAGGAACCAAGAUAUAUCACACAUUGCAUUUGGAUCAAAAGUACUUGGACCACCUCCAGCUAUCGGCAAAAGAAUUGGCACAACAGUGUCUAAAGAUUUAUCGAUCUUAUUGGAUAACAAAACAAGCAAACCUUCCUACCAAUCAUGCUGUAAUAAAGAAGGAAUCGCAGACAAACUGACUAGUAGGUCAGAAAGACCAGUUUCAAAUCAACCAGAAUCAACUAAACAAAUAAGCCAAGAAGCUAUUUGCUUUACAAAUCAAAGUCCAGAGACUGUUACUUCAGGUACCUUCUCACCACAUCAUGUAGGCAGUGAGACAAGAGCCAGUGAAAUGCCUGAUAUUUCAUCUGAUCAGAUGAAGACAACAUGUGAAAUAAACAACAGUUCCAAAUUUCAUCAGAGUAGGAGCAAACCGGAGGAUGAGGUUAAAGACAAAUGGCAUCUUACUGACCAUUCAGAAGACAGUUUCCAUUUCAAUUUCUCUCAUCAUUCCACACCCAAACCAGACCAUUCCAGAGACAAUUCACAUUCAGAGCCAAAAUUCAGCGAGACGAGAAAUGAAGAUAAUUUGGCAUCUUUAAGUGAAGAUGAUGAAAAAGAGGAUGAAUUGAAAUUGAAGGACAUAUUUACAUAUUCAUCACAGCCAAGGUCAGCUCCUCGUGGAAAGUUACAGAAUAUCUCAUCACAAGGCAUUAUGUGGACAGUGAAUAUGAAGGGUGAUGGAGAACAGGAAAUUGCAGAUGAGAGCGAAGCUGAACUGGAGUAUGAUUUCCAUAGAGAUUGUAGCAGUGAGGAGGAGGAUUCACUGAAUAAGAUUACCAAACAACAACCUUCAGCCUCACCAGCCAGCUGUCUAUCUCAGACUUCAAUGGUUAUACCCUUGGAAGUAACAAAAAGAUCUGCUUCAACGGAUCAAUCCUUGAAAAGAACUCCUGCACUGGUCAAAAGGGACACAGAACACUUUCAUGGCACUUUUAACCCAGUCCAGAGUCGAUCUCCCACAAGAUUAGAAGUUCCAGAUUCUGAAUUGAUGUCCGCAAAGGUGAAAGAUGACCAAUUUAGUCAAUCCAGAACAAUAAUAAAAAGAUCCCUAAAAGAAAUACCAAAGGAAGACCCAAGACUAACUACACAGACAUAUGAAUAUGACUGGCUGCAGUAUCAGCCCAAGGAAAUGAGUGAAUCUGAUGAAGCAAGGAUGCUGGCUAGUUUACGGAGACAGCAACUUGAAGAAAUGGAAGAUGAUGGGAAGGCAACCCACCUGAAUGCAGUUCAGCUUGGUGAUUGUGCCUAUGGUGAUGAUAGCAUUAGCACAAGCAGUGAUGAUGCAAGUAUUUGGAGCACCCAAUCCACAGGACCACCUGUCAAUCAAGGCCAUCACUACCAGAAUGAAAUGCUUUUGACUCUGUCUCAGAAAAAAAUGAAUCCUCUUCUUCUUUCAAAUCCACGUGACUGGGGUAACAUUUUCAGUCCUCCCAUCAUUCUGCCCAGUGAACAGAUGAAGGACCAGAAAAAUAUUUCACCCAGGCAACUAUCUACUCUUCAAGACCUAAACAAUGACACAGCCAGUGUUACAGAAGAUCAGGAUGAAGUACUGGAUUUGUUAUAUGAUCCCUGUUUGAAUUGUUACUUCGAUCCAAAAACAGGAAAAUACUACGAACUGGCAUGAUUUAAAACUUGAGGACUUUGAAGUAUCACUGUUGCAUAGCAACCACUUAAGCUGCAAGAGGACUUUUGUUUCAAAGUGAAUCCUGGCAACCGUUGUAAAAUGAGAAUACUCCAAUCAGUAGAAGGCUGAGUGAUACAGACAUAGAGGUAGCCAUCCGAGAAUUGCAGCAGUUCUUCGACAUGAAAGAAAGCACUUUGCCCUCCUUUAGUCAGGUGUCUGCACAUAUUCCACAGUUCUAUAUUUUCAUGUUUCUCUCUGUGAUGUCAUGUACACAUUUGUAUUUUCUCGUGCGUGUGAUUGGCGUGACCCAUGCCUUAUAUUGAAUUUUACAAAAAAAAAAUUACUAUUAAACAGAUAAUGCUUUACGGCCAUUGUUAAAUUGUCAAAUCGAAGAAAUGAACUUUGCAGACAUUAUUAAUGGAAAUAAAUUAAUAUUUGCCUUGAAAUUCGUUAGUAGUUGACACAUAAAUCAUCUCAGCCUGGUGUAUUUGGCCUAAGAAUCCAAGGAAUAUAUUUCAGAGGCAGAGCAGAAUGUGUUGAUUUGAUUAUAAUGUAUUAAGAAGUACUAAGCAGGGUUGAAUUUCUUGGUAAUUUUGGUUUGCAUUUUUUAUUACCUACAUUGAUACAGUACAUAUAUAAUGUUGGUUACUGUUAAUAUUAGUAAGCUGAUAGACAUCUGAUCAUAAAUAUUUCAGAAAAAAAAUAUUUUUUAAUUUAAGCAUGUAACUCUUUGGUGUGUAUAUGACAUCAUCUUAAAAGGAAUCAUUCAGAUGCAGACCCUCCAACUGAAUAAAGAGGAUUAUCUUCUAAAUCACAAAAUGUAAAAUUACUCGAUGUUCAUAAUUCCUUUAUUAGAAGUAGCCAAGAAGGAUAUGAUAGUAUGUUUAAAAUGCAAAGUAGCACUAGUUCUCCUCUCCAUACCUGAUGAGUGAGUACAUUUGAAA